GUCUGUUGUAUGUCAAGCCAGAACGUAUGUGCCUGACCAAUCAUAAUCAAUAAGCUUGUUAUAGAUGUAAAAUCUGGUUGUCAGUUGCCUUGGAUGCUGUGAUUGCUCCAACUGCACUUAGUUGCCACAACUCUCUCCUGGGGCUCGCUAACUGGGGCUGUAGUGGCAUGGACCAUCUAACAAUAAACUAAUUGUGUUAAUUAAUGCCAAGAUCUGAAAAUAGCGUACCAUUAAACAAUCAUACACCAGAAGAGCAAGUCAGAUUCAUAUGCUCAGCGUCUCAAACAAAUACGAAGGGUUCUUGCAUUGUCUUGUAUCUGAAUGUUUGACUGGAACACUUCCCCACCUCCAGCUCCAUGCCUCCUCUCAUGGAGAACUUACUUUUGCUAAUCCUUGUUCUUCUUCUUUGCUUAGCUUUGUUUUGCUUGUGUAACAUCCUAUGGCUAAGACCGGAGAAGAUAAGGAAGAGGUUGAGAAGGCAAGGUGUGAAGGGUCCCAAGCCUACUUUGCUCGAUGGCAACACCAAAGAGAUGAAGCGUAUCCAACAUGAGCUCAAGCCUAUGAAGAAGCAAGACAGCAACAACUACAUCUCCACCCUCUUCCCUCACAUCCUUGUGUGGAAGGAAACUUAUGGCUCUGUGUUCCUUUACUCGUCAGGAGGUCGGGAAAUAUUGCAUGUUUCUCAGCCAGAUAUGGUGAAGGACAUAGGCCACUGGACACCAUCAGAGCUCGGGAAGCCUAAUUAUCUGAAGAAAACUCGAAAAGCCCUUCUUGGGGGAGGAUUAUUUACGGUGAAUGGUGACGAAUGGGCCUAUCAGAGGAAGACCAUGGCGCCAGAGUUCUUCAUGGAAAAGAUUAAGGGUAUGAUACAGCUGAUUGAAGAUGCAACUGCUCCGCUGUUAGAAGCAUGGGAGAACAUUCUCGACAGUGCAGGAGGUAGCACGGAGAUAGUUGUUGAUGAUUAUGUGCGGAACGUCUCAGCAGAUGUAAUCGCCAGGGCUUGCUUCGGGAGUAGCUUCGCAAAAGGAGAAGAGAUAUUCCGCAUGCUCAGGAAGCUUCAAACGGCGAUUUCUCAACAGGAUGCAUUUGUUGGACUCUCUGCACUGUGGAAGCACCUGCCUACCAAGAGCAACCGGGAGAUACGGAAUCUGGUUGAACAAGUUAGGCUACAGAUCGUGGAAGUGGCAAAGGCCAACGUGAGCGAUAAUGGAGCUGAGAAUGCGGCCACUCAUAACGAUCUUCUGCGUGCGAUCAUCAACGGCGCCCAUGGCGAUGGCCAUGGCGGCACUGCCGAGGACUUCAUCGUUUGCAACUGCAAGACCAUAUACUUCGCGGGGCAUGAGACCACGGCGGUCACCGCCAUUUGGUGCCUGAUGCUACUGGCCAAACACCCGGAGUGGCAGGAGCGUGCCCGCUGCGAGGCACUGGAGGUUUGCCGUGCGAGGAGCACGUUGGACGUUGACGCCCUCCACCAACUGAAAAUUCUGACGAUGGUGAUCCAAGAAACUCUUCGUCUGUACCCACCGGCGUCAGUGAUGAUGCGUGAAGCCCUGACGGACAUCAAGAUCGGCGGCCUGGACGUGCCCCGUGGGACGAUCGUCCAGGUGACCAGAUCGAUGCUGCACCUGGACAAGGAAGCCUGGGGCCCCGACGCCGAUGAGUUCCGGCCGGGCCGGUUCGCCAACGGCGUGGCCGGGGCGUGCAAGCCCGCGCACAUGUACACGCCAUUUGGGCUCGGCCCCAGGACCUGCAUCGGUCAGAACCUAGCGAUAACGGAGCUGAAGGUGGUGCUGGCGCGCCUGCUGAGCAGGUUCGCCUUCUCACCGUCGCCAACGUACCACCAUGCGCCGGUGUUCCGGCUGACCAUCGAGCCAGGGUUCGGCAUGCCAUUGGUGCUGAAGAAGCUCUGAAGAUCACCAUCGUUGUUCAUUGGCCUGUAGUCGGCCAGACAGUCAAACACUCACCUGUGUAUCUUGCUGAAACCGUACGGAAGUCCAUUGUUGCAACAACAGAACAUGCUUUCCAGUGGGAGACACGUAUUAUUUGUGUACAUGUAUGCAACCCGCUUUCCAAGGAUGAAUACUGUGUAGAACUGUGGAUUGUGAUGCGCUAAAUGUUGAACGUGGAUUAUGAUA